ACAGCGCACGUCAAUAUGUAGCAGCGCGAGCUCAGAGUGCGGGAUGAGAGAGCACCGAAUUUACCACUCAUCCUUUGAGAGAAAUGGAUCCUCAUCCGUUUUUAUUCACAUUUAUUAUUUCGCGUGACCAUUUACCAUGACACCACGUUACCCUCACGCAUCAGUCUGUUACGUGCGCUAUUUUAACAGUGUUUGCUGAGUAACCGUGAGACAUAGGGUUGACGAAUGGGAUUGUCUCCAUGUUUGGAGAGAGAGAGAGAUGACGGACAUGGACAAAUGAAAGGGACAUCAUCUGAACACUAGAAAUAACCGCCUCAUUCGUGUGGUGGAAGCAGGCUGAAGAUUGAGAAAUGGAUUUACUGGACAAUGCCAGUGGUGUUGCUGCUGAGGAGAUGGCUUUUCCAGAGAUUAUUGAGCUAAACGUCGGGGGCCAGGUGUAUAUAACUCGCUACUCAACUUUAACAAGUGUGCCAGACUCCCUCCUGUGGGAGAUGUUCAAUCAGAGGAACACCAAAGGCUUGGCCCGCGACACCAAGGGUCGCUUUUUCGUGGACAGAGAUGGCUUUCUUUUCCGUUACAUUCUGGACUAUAUGCGGGACCAGCAGCUUGUCCUUCCCGACCAUUUCCCGGAGCGAGGACGACUGCAGAGAGAGGCCGAGUUCUUUAACAUCCCUGAACUUGUCAAACUGUUAGCCCCGAAGGUCAGUAAGCAGAACUCUCUGGGCGAUGAAGGCUGCCAGAGCGACCCCGAGGAGUCCUCACCCAGCGCUGACUUCGCCCGCAAUCUGGCCUCCCUGGGGGCGACUGCGGCAGCCUGUUCCAGCCUGGCAUCGGUCGGAGGCGACGGCAAGCGCUCCGGUUUCAUCACAAUUGGCUACCGGGGCUCCUACACUCUUGGCCGUGACAGCCAAACAGAUGCCAAGUUCAGGCGGGUGGCUCGGAUUAUGGUGUGCGGGAAAACCUCUCUUGCCAAGGAGGUUUUUGGGGACACGUUGAACGAAAGCCGCGACCCCGAUCGCCCUCCGGAGCGCUACACCUCACGCUAUUACCUCAAGUUUACUUUCUUGGAGCAGGCUUUUGACAGGUUAGCCGAUGCCGGGUUCCACAUGGUGGCCUGCAACUCCACAGGGACUUGCGCCUUUGCCCACGAGCAGACUGACGAUAAAAUCUGGACCAGCUACACCGAAUACGUGUUCUACCGUGAGUGACCUCAAACCUGUUCCAGCAUCUCCUCCCUGAGAUCACCUUCAGUAGAUGUAGAGGAUCCUAAAUUCCCAACCUCCAUCCAGACUUUCCCUCAACCCUUAAUGCUUUGUAGCUGCUGGUUUCAAGUAACCUUUCCUUCGAACGUUUUCCUCUUGCCAAAAGAUUGCCUUCCCUCAUAUGUAAGCGUGUUGCUCUUCCAGCUUUUGUGUACUGUUGAUCUUGACUUCUGUCGUCCAGCUAAACGGACUCUUAACUGCUUAAACUAGCAAAUAAGCCAUUUAAAAGGGCUUGGGAAAGUUUCUUUAUUAUUCAGUAGACUGAAUACAUUUAUCCUGCAUUUUGAUGUUUUUAAGAUGUUUGACGGUAUGACUAUAGGAACAUUAUUGUCUUGUGUAUCCUAUUAAUGGGGCCAAAGAAGUUACGGAGGUUUCAAAAAGGUUUAAUAACAUGAUGUCCACUGCUUGUGAAUGUUUAGUAGUGGGCUUGUGAUAUUAAAAGGUCAAAUAAUACAGGACAACAUUAAAUGCAUUAAACAAUUUCCCCACCUUUGCAGAGUCUUGUGUUGAUAGGGAAGGGUUUAGAAAAAUAGCAGUUGCACAUAGUAAAACGAUAUUAAAUGAUCAGAAACUGCGACGCGGAAAGAUUAGUUGGUGGCGAAUCGGUGUAUGUGUAUUGAUUGUGUUUUUAUGCUUUCAUUGUUUUGUUUGCCUGUGUUUAACGGAUCACAGAACACAAGUUUUCAGUCCAGUCACAUUUCAAAUACUAAUGUUUUUGUUGCUUAUGAUGAGUUCAAAUGUGUCGUUCAAAUGGAUGUUUGCUGAUUUAAAUGUCAUUUUUCUGUGAAUGAACCGUUAACCUGUUCCUAAUAGUGAUGCACGUAUAUUUGAAUAAUAUUGUUAGUUACUUUGUCAUUUAGUAAAUGUUACUCGCCAUACUUGUGUGUUACUCGUCUGUGUUGCUUUUUGACAGAGUUGCGUUACCAGUUUUAAAUUUUCAGGUAUUUCUACAAAGGCAUUUGUUUGACCUCAGGCUACAGUUGCCAUGCACUGUAAAACCGGCACACGCAGUGGACAACAACUACUUUAUUCAUUCUUUUCAUUUGUACUAUGGCACAUGUGCAGGCAUCUGUAAAUCAUUUAAAUCCUCUGAGAUCUCAAUUUACUGAUUGUCUUUUAAAGGUCAUGUGCGCAGAGCAUUGUUUAUAGUGAAAUGCUGACCUCAAAGUGUCUUUAUCAAAGCAUGAAUAAAAACAUAGUUCGAUAUUUUGUCCUAAAUAUAAUGUCUGUUUUACUUGUAUUUGCAAAUGUCAAAAUGAUGCCAUUACCUCCAUUGUUUAGAGAAAAGCCUGAGAGAGAGAGAGAGAGAGAGAGAGGGGGGGAGGGAGAGAGAGCGAGAGAGAGAGAGGGAGGUUAAUGCCUUUAUCACUAGGCUACAUCAAAUAACAUCAGCGAUUGAAAUGUGGUCUGCUGUUCCAAUUCAUCCCAAAUGUGUUCAGUCAGGCUGGUCAAGUACACCAGACACUUUUAUUUGGAAAAGGCCCCGCCUAAUCUGUUGUAUGUUACUGCAUGGUGGAGCAUUAUGGGGUGUCCAAAGGUCUGGCCAAAUAUAGAACUUUGGGAUAUAUCAUGUCAAGACUGUCAAGUCCAUUAAACAUUUUAUGAUGACAAUACAGUAGAUGGAUCUUAAAAGCAUCUUGUAUUCUCAAUUUAUCACUUAGUAAUAAUUGUUAUUGAUUUGUCAGUUUAUUUAUCAUGAAGAUUAGACACAUUGUGUUGGUUUUGUAUCCAUAUUGAAAGGCAGUAGAC